CAUAUCGAAACGAAGAACCGCACGUCGCCGGGCAGGUCUUGUUUCUGUGCACCAGAGGGACCCGCUUGUGUUGCUGCCGUCGUGUUGCUGUGUUUCUGUCAUCUUCGUUUCUUCUUUUUCUGCUGCAGGAUUGGCUGUUUUAAAAGUAAUAGAGAAGGAAAAGCUUCAAGAAAAUGCAUUUGUAGUGGGAUCCCAUUUGCAGCACAACCGAAGUGAUGUUCAAUUUCAAGUCCUUCUCACUAGUUUUCUGUUAUGGGUUUUAGGAGGCUUGUUUGGAAUGGCCGAUUUGAACAUAUUUGCCCGACUAUUUGAAAGAGACAUGCAAUUGCGGAUUGUGAGGCUGAACUUGCAGCCAUCUGUUCAGCAAUGGGAGAGCGUCCGAUGCAUAUUAGACAGGAGUCAGCAGCCAAUGAAAUCGAAAGCUAUCCUCCACUGUCAAAGGAUCCAUCAGCAUAUCCUAAAAAAUCAAGAAAAUAGAAUGAUGAUUGAAGUAACUAUCAAGGUGGAGACGAAGAAGAUUGUGAUGAAGAUAUGGAAGAAGCUUGUGAUGAUCAUGAAGAUGUGGAAGAAGGUUGUGCUCAAGAUGUGGAAGAAGGUUGUGCCAAAGAUGGUGGAGAAGAUCAAGAAGAAUAGUUGUGUUUUAUAUUAUCUAGCUAGCUAUGUCUUAGAACUUUUUUGGUUAUUUUGGGAUGACUCUGAGAGAGAAACUUGUGUUUAAUUUUGCUCUUGUUUUGAAUCCCAUGGUUGUUUUGAAUUUUGAAUUUGGGAUGACAUCAAAACUUAGUAUCCAACUAUUAUUAGUGGCACUACAAAAAAAACUUACUUUUGACCUUAA